AUGCCCAUGUUCAUAAAACUGUGCGUUCAAGAGGCUCAGGGUCCAAACACAGUUCCCAUACAUGGAACAUUUAACGACCAUGAUGGCGUAAGAGAGUUUCUAUCAAUUUUGUCAGACUCGUUAGAUACAGAAGGUUUGAAUUCAAGAAAUGGGCAGCACAAUCGGAAGAUUACGUAUUUGCAUACGGAUACAUGCAAGACCGGGUUAAAAAAAACGAAUAGAAUUUUCAAAUCAGGAAUUUCUUUAGUUUGCAAAACGGAAGAAAUCUUCUUGUCUAAUUCAAAAUGUUUGAAGAUACAGCUGCUCUUCAACCGCUUACGUCAAUUGAUUCUCAAAUUAAAACCUGAAACUGUGAUCUCGAUUAUGUGA